GGGAGCUUGAGCUUGUUGGGCAGAGGGAGCUUGGAGCAUGUUAAUCACCUGUCGCGUUAAAGCCGUAUUUUAAGUAGGACUCCUGAUAUUUCCGACGAAAUGCAGCUUUCCUUUUCAGUCAGUCUGAGGCUCUUCUGCUGUCUCAUCAUUAGGCCUUUUCCCCUUUACAACGAAGCUCUCCAGAGACUUUUUUUUAACUUGCUGCAGCUAACAUGUGGACUUAUUUUUUCGGGCAUCACAGCUAUGAGACAGGCCUGUAUGGUGUCAGGAACACUGAGCUGUGAGAGAAACAGCUCGCCACAAGACCGUCUGGGCUCAGCAGGAAGUAUCUCCAUAUCUACUUCCAGGUCAACCUCGGACGUCAUGUGGAUCAGAUGCCUGCUCUUCGUCUCGACCUUGUUUGCUCCAAUUGCCAUCGCCUACGGCCGUGCCCCUAUCCCCAUGGCAGUGGUGCGCAGGGAGCUGUCCUGUGAGUCCUACCCCAUUGAGCUGCGCUGCCCGGGCACAGAUGUCAUCAUGAUCGAGAGCGCCAACUACGGCCGCACCGAUGACAAGAUCUGUGACUCGGACCCUGCGCAGAUGGAGAACACACGGUGCUACCUGCCUGAUGCGUACAAGAUCAUGUCACUCAGAUGCAACAAUCGUACCCAGUGUGCGGUGGUGGCUGGGCCUGACGUCUUCCCUGACCCCUGCCCGGGCACAUACAAAUACCUGGAAGUCCAGUAUGAGUGUGUCCCUUACAAAGUGGAACAAAAAGUAUUUCUGUGCCCUGGCAUUUUGCGAGGAGUGUACCAAAGUGAACAUCUGUUUGAGUCAGACCACCAGUCUGGUGCAUGGUGCAAAGACCCGCUGCAGGCCUCAGACAAGAUCUACUACAUGCCCUGGACGCCAUACCGCACGGACACGCUGACAGAGUACUCGUCGAAGGAAGACUUCAUCGCAGGCCGUCCCACCACCACCUACAAACUCCCUCAUCGUGUGGACGGGACUGGCUUCGUCGUAUACGAUGGCGCACUCUUCUUCAACAAGGAGCGCACACGAAACAUUGUAAAGUUCGAUCUACGCACGCGCAUCAAGAGCGGUGAGGCCAUCAUUGCCAACGCCAACUACCACGACACCUCGCCAUACCGCUGGGGGGGAAAGUCGGACAUAGACCUGGCGGUGGACGAGAAUGGACUGUGGGUGAUCUAUGCAACAGAGCAGAACAACGGACGCAUUGUGGUGAGCCAGCUCAACCCCUACACCCUGCGCAUCGAGGGCUCCUGGGAAACUAGCUACGACAAACGCUCUGCCUCCAAUGCCUUCAUGAUCUGCGGAGUCCUGUACGUCGUCAAAACCGUCUAUGAAGACGACGACAACGAAGGGACAGGGAACAAAAUUGACUACAUGUACAACACUGAUAAGAGCAAGGAGAUGACGGUUAACAUACAGUUUCCCAAUUCCUACCAGUACAUUGCAGCAGUGGAUUACAACCCGAGAGACAACCUGCUCUACGUGUGGAAUAACUACCACGUGGUCAAAUACUCGCUGGACUUCGGCAACAAUGACUAUCGCCCACCUCCCAUGAUCCCCCCUAACCGAGGAGGGGGAGGAGGGGGAGGAGGGGGAGGAGGAGGCCCAGUCGGCGGCGGAGGUUCCUCCUCUUCGUCAACCAGCCGCACCACCACCACUCGUUCUCCUCCCUAUUACACCACCCCAAGGCCCCUCCUCACUACCUCCCCCGGCCAGCGGUACCGAACCACCACCACGGUCCGCCAGCCCGUCCUGGUUCCUGCCCGUGACUCAUCGUCCGAUGCCAAUCAGAUCCCUGACACCAACCAGAAAGCUGGAGGGCGUUCUCCACCAGCGCAGGUCCCUCCGGCAGCCCCACAGCCUCCUGCCCUUCCCCCACAAGACUUCUGCAGUCCAAGGGUGAUGGCCGACAUAUCGUGGCCCCGGACACAGCAAGGCCAGACAGCUAAGCAGCCUUGUCCUGUGGGGACACUGGGCGUGGCCACAUACGUGUGCAUGGCCCAUUUGGGUUACUGGGAUCCCCAAGGCCCUGACCUCAGCAACUGCACGUCGCCCUGGGUCAAUCACAUCAUGCAGAAACUUCGUUCGGGUGAGACGGCGGCAAUUGUAGCCAGGGAGCUGGCGGAGCAGACCAAAGGGCUCCUGCGCCCUGGCGAUGUGCCAUCUACAGUGCGGGCCAUGGCCCAACUGGUCGAACUGCUGGAUGUCCAACUCAGGAACCUCACCCCCGGGGGCAAGGACAGCGCUGCCCGCAGUCUCACCAAGCUUCAGAAGAGAGAAAGGUCCUGCAGGUUUUUCACACAGGCCAUGGUGGAGACGGUGAAUAAUUUGCUGCAGCCACGGGCCCAGACAGCGUGGAGAGAGCUGCCCACCAGCGAGCAGCUGCACUCGGCCACUCUGCUCCUCGACACUGUGGAGGCUGGGGCUUUUAUGUUAGCUGACAACCUCCUCAAGACUGACACUGUGCAGGAGACCACUGACAACAUCCAGCUUGAAGUGGCCAGGCUGAGCACGGAUGGGAACCUCGCAGACCUGACAUUCCCUCAGUCAGAACUACAUGGAAACUCCAUCCAGCUGUCAGCCAGUACUCUCAAACAGCACGGCAGAAACGGUGAGAUCAGGAUGGCCUUUGUCCUGUACAGGAACCUGGGCUCCUACCUGUCCACUGAAAACGCCAGCGUCAGACUGAGCAGCGAGGCGGUCUACCCUAAUUACUCUGUUAUCGUCAACUCCCCGGUCAUCACAGCAUCCAUUAAUAAGGAGAGCAAUAAGGUUUACCUGUCUGAGCCUGUAGUCUUCACCGUCAAGCACCUGCAGCAUUCGGAAGAGAACUUCAAUCCCAACUGUUCGUUCUGGAGCUACUCCAAGCGCACCAUGAUGGGGUUCUGGUCUACACAGGACUGUCGUCUGCUGGCCACCAAUCGCACACACACCAGCUGCUCCUGCACACACCUCACCAGCUUUGCGGUGCUUAUGGCCCAUGUGGAGGUCAAGAAAGCAGACAGCAUGCACGACCUGCUCCUAGACGUAAUCACAUGGGUGGGGAUCCUGCUGUCGCUGGUUUGCCUCCUCAUUUGCAUCUUCACCUUUUGCUUCUUCCGUGGGCUUCAGAGCGACCGCAACACCAUCCACAAGAACCUCUGCAUCAGCCUCUUCAUCGCUGAGUCACUGUUCCUGGUCGGGAUCAACAGGGCUGAUCAGCCAAUUGCCUGUGCAGUCUUUGCGGCCUUGCUCCAUUUCUUCUUCUUGGCAGCCUUCACCUGGAUGUUCCUGGAAGGGGUGCAGCUCUACAUCAUGCUGGUAGAGGUGUUUGAGAGCGAACACUCCAGGACUAAGUACUUCUACCUGGCAGGAUACGGAGUGCCUGCUGUCAUAGUGGCCGUCUCCGCUGCAGUGGACUACAGGAGCUACGGCACCGACCGAGUGUGCUGGCUGCGAUUGGAUACAUACUUUAUCUGGAGUUUCAUAGGACCUGCCACGCUCAUCAUCAUGCUGAAUGUAAUCUUCCUCGGUAUUGCUCUUUAUAAGAUGUUCCAUCAUACAGCCAUUCUCAAACCAGACUCUGGAUGUCUGGACAACAUCAAGUCUUGGGUGAUCGGGGCCAUAGCUCUGCUGUGCCUGCUGGGCCUGACCUGGGCUUUUGGCCUGAUGUACAUCAACGAGAGCACAGUGAUCAUGGCCUACCUUUUCACCAUCUUCAACUCUCUGCAGGGCAUGUUCAUCUUCAUCUUCCACUGCAUACUGCAGAAGAAGGUGCGGAAAGAGUACGGCAAAUGUCUGCGCACUCACUGCUGCAGCGGCAAAAGUGUGGAGACCUCCAUCUCCUCCUCCAGUAAGACCACCACCUCGCGGACUCCGGGCCGUUACUCCACAGGCUCACAGAGUCGUAUCAGGAGGAUGUGGAACGACACUGUGAGGAAACAGGAGUCCUCCUUCAUCACUGGAGACAUCAACAGCUCCGCGACACUCAACAGAGGAGCCAUGGCUAAUCAUCUUAUAACUAAUGCUCUCCUUCGUCCCCAUGGUACUAACAAUCCUUAUAACACUCUCCUGGGGGACUCGGCAGUCUAUAACAACCCAGCCGUGGGCAUGUACAACACCCAAGCACCUUACCGAGACACAAAGGGCAUCCUGAACAACGCAAGAGACUCCAGUGUUAUGGAUACACUCCCACUUAAUGGUAACCAUGCCAAUAACUACAGCAUGGCCAGCAGCGAGUACUUGAGUGACUGCGUCCAGAUCCUAGACCGUAGUGGUGGCUACGGCACCCACAGCAACCACAAGGAGACAACCCUGGAGAAGAAGAUCCUCAAGGAGCUGACCUCCAAUUAUAUCCCGUCCUACCUCAACAACCAUGAGAGAGCCACGACUGAGCGCAAUCACAACUUGAUGAACAAGCUGGUCAACAGCAGCAUGGCCAAUGGAGGGAGCAUGGCAGGAGGCAGCAGCAGCAGCAGCAGCAGUGGAGUUGGUGGGUGUGUGGGCAGCAGUAAAGAAGACAACGGUCCCAUGGUGCUGGACAACCCUGCAGCCUUCCCCCACGAGGAGAACCUGGGUUUGGAGAUUAUCAGAGAGGAAUCCAACGCCCCACUCCUGCCGCCACGGCCCCCUCCACCAGACAGCCAUCCCCCGCCACCGCCCCCUCCUCACAGCUUCUCCCGGCCGCGGCGCAUCCCUCAGGAGACCAGCGAAAGCUUCUUCCCCCUCCUGACCAACGAGCACACCGAUGAGCACACGCACUCGCCCAACCACAGAGACUCGCUCUACACCAGCAUGCCAGUGCUGACGGACCUCCCGGACGGGCAGAUGAACGGUUUAACAGACGGAGAGGAAGACAGUUCGGGGGAGCUGCAGCCCUGUAAGAGUGCCACUGCUCCUGAGCUGGAUGAUGUCUAUUAUAAGAGCAUGCCAAACCUGGGCUCCAGGAAUCACCUUCACGAGCUACAGAGUUACUACCACAUGGGCCGUGGUGGCAGCGAUGGAUACAUGGUGUCUGGGAGCAAGGAAGGAGUCCGACGAUCGCCCGAGGAUCCGCCUGUAGACCCUUCCCACCUGGUUACCAGUCUAUAGAGCCAAUCAAGAGACUUCUGUCCCUCCCCAGCCCACGCUCACAUUUCCAACCUUCCAAUGAAAACAUUCUGUGUUGUUGACUGACAGACUGAGCUGGCCCGCCCCUGGAUUGAUGUGCUGUGUGUGACAUUAACUAUGGCUCAUGACAAUAUGGUCGCGAUAUCGCAGGUCAGAUGGAAAGCAGGGACUGAAUGUAUUGUCAUAUAUGGUGCAGACUGAGAGGGCGGUUCUGAGAGACUAUUUGUGAACAUCAAACAGAAAUGGAACUUUUAACCUGGAAAGGAAAGGAAGGGGGAGGGAUUCUGUAAUUUUACCCUACCUGUUACUUUAAUUUGGAAUUGGAUUGACCGUAGCCCUACAAGUUCCCCAAUAUGGACCUCUAGCAGAUCAUAUCAUAUAGUCUCUACUACCACCACUACAGGGGCGUGGCCCCCAGCCCUGGUUAAAGGAGCUGCCUGUCUGUUUGUCUGUCUGUCUUUCUGUCUCACUCUCAAAGACACGUACCGGGAUGAUGUUUCCACCUCUCCAAAGGGUAGAGCAGGAUAUUAAACUCUGGUGUUCAUAACAUAAACUGGCCCCAAAGAGGCUCCGCCCCACUACCUGCCAAUCAAGUGGAGGAUGUAUGAUAUAUGCCCUCACUACGAUCAUCCCAAAAACUAUUUUACUGGACAACCGAAACUGUAACCAUAUCACGCCGAUGUUCUGAAUUCUCUUCCUGUUCGUAUCUGCUAAACUGGAGUCGUGUCUGGGCUGGUGUAACAUUCCUGCAAGUUGUAGUGACUGCGGCUACUGUGUAUUUCACUGAAAACAAAGAAGGAAGAUCAUAUUACAACAGACUGAAUUUCAAAAAAAAAAAGAAAAAAAAAGAAUGGGUUCCGUUUCUUCUCCUUUAUUCUGUAAAAGUUUUCAGUUAUCAAAGGACUAUGAAGAAAUCACAAACUGUUUCUAUGUAUUGUACAGAAUACAGAUACAGAUACAAAUGUUGCAUAUGACCAAGUCUUUUAUUUUUUAAUUUUACGUUGCAAACCUUUUGUCUGUGGAGCUGUUCUGAAAUGUCAUGAUAUGUUCUAGUCACGUGUAGACUACAGAAUGAGCAAGGAACAAUCUUUCAUGUCACUCUUUCGUAAAUACAGAGACAGUUACGCACUCCUUAAUUAAUACGCAUAUACCCUACGCACACUUCAUUCUGGUCCUUUUAUAGCAACACCACUGUCACUUACAUCUUUGCAAAUCAACUGUUACUAUAUACUUUACCACUGUGUAGAUUUAAAACUGAAGGGAAAAUGACGUGGCCAAGUUAUGAAGAAAACGGUUAUUAUGGAAAUGCCACGUUUUAGUCUUUACUGGAAGUGGGUCUCAUCUCAUUUGUUCCUGAAUAAAGCAUUUCCUUCCUUGAGGCACAAGGAUGAGCCUGGGUGGAAAAAAAAAUUACAAAGAUAUCAGAUACAGAGUAACACAAGGAUGGUUUAUGAAGCAUAUCCUCUCUAUUGCCAAAUACUCUACCAAUUGACAUUACAUUGCUGUGCUGCUUGAGAUCUUACUGUACAGAAAAACAAUGCUGAGAAUAAUAAAUGUCAUUCUCUAAACUGAAAAAGAGACUUUCCACUAUUUCCACUAUUUGAAAAAUACAGUGGGUCUCACCUGUGAAAUGCCAUGAUUACACCAUAUUUGUGUACUGAAGAUGUGGAAACUCUGCACACAGCAGCACUGUCCAAUGUGGAAAGCCAAUGUUUACUUAUUUAGGAGAAAAAUUUCAUAAGUGUAUGAAGUGUAGCUUGCACAUGUAUCCCACAAGCCCCCUCCAUGUCCCAAGAGAGAAAUUAUUUAUUUAUCUGUUUAUUGGUUUAAAGACAGCAAAACAAGCUUGGAGGAAAGAGAGCUGGCUUUAGGCAGGAGUAAAUAAAGUGGCACUUGGUUUGUUUUUUUGGUUUUGUUUUUUUGGUUUCUUUUUUUAAAUUAUUAUGAUCAUGAUUAUUAUUACAAUAUUAUUGCUAAUUAUUUAUUCUUUUUGUAUGGGUUCCAAGUUGAAUGAUCUCAUAACUAAUAUUUGUUGUAACAGUGAAAGUUGUUUGCCAACAAAUAAAUUACUGACAUAGCUUUGA